CAGUGUAGGUCACAGGCUGUUUGUGCUCUGAUCGUCCUCUGUACCUUUAAGGGAACCACGCACCUCUUCCAUCCAGCAGAUUCUGCGUGUUAUGAACUCCAUCAAUUCACGGGAACCUUUAUUCCCAGAGUGGAGCACAUUCAGAGGGGCUGAUGCUGGAGCGCUCUUUGCUGCCUCUGCAGCACUGGAUUAGUUUGUGAGCACAAAAGCUGCAUGCAGAAUUUCACUUCUUUCUUUUUUUUUACCUGUUUUUUUAAUUCAGUUCUUUAUCCUGAGUUUUAGUCAGCUAUACCUUUAGAGAUGUGUGUUUUCAUGUUCUGGGUCUUUUUGGGAAUCCUUCUCUGUGCACCGUGCCAGUGCUCAGAGUGUCCUUUGGGCUGCGAGUGUUUUUCUGUCACUCGCACAAUGAAAUGUGUUUCCACGGAUCUACACACAGUGCCACAAAGUAUUCCGGGAUAUUCAAAGACUAUCAUCAUCACAGGGAAUAAUAUAAACCAGAUUGGACCUGAUUCAUUUACAGAGCUGGAGAAUGUCACCAACAUCAUUUUGAGCAAUAACAGGAUCGCAGAGAUGGCAUCCCACAGCUUCUCUACCCUCCUCAAUCUGCGCUUCCUUGACCUCAGCGGUAACCAGCUGGCACUCAUCCAUCCAGAGGCCCUCAGUAUACCUGGCAGCCCCCUUCAGGAGCUUAACCUAAGCCGUUCACUGCAGAACUACACCGCCCUCACAGACCUCACCACAGCUCUGCGCUGGGGUGGCCUUGGGGGUCUCCUCCGCCUCGACCUCUCUGGGAACCACCUCACUCUGCUGCCUCCCGGCAUGUUCUCCCACCUUCCCAACUUGCAACAAAUCUUCCUCACCAACAACUCCCUGGUGGCCAUCUACAGUGGGACCUUCUCUGGCUUGAACCAUCUGCAGAUGCUGGACCUGACACACAAUGAUUUCAGGACCUUCGGGGCGGACGCUCUGCAGGAGCUGGAGAGGCUCAGCAGCAUCCGGAUCCUUCUAGGUGACAAUUCCUACACCUGCUCCUGUGAGAUCCGAGAGUUUGUGUCCUGGCUGAACGAAACCAGAGCUCAGGUAGACAUGGAAGCUGUGAGGUGUGCCUCUCCGAGAAGGUUAAGUGACACCCAUGUGCGAGGGCUCAGCAUCCAGGUCAUUGGAUGUGUUGUUUCAGUCCAAGCAGAGGUGCCUGACCUGACCCUGCAGACGUCGUAUGUGUUCCUCGGGCUAGUGCUUGGGUUUGUGGGCAUGGUGUUUCUUUUUGUGCUCUACCUGAACCGCAAAGGUAUGAAGAAGUGGAUCAUUGACAUGAGAGAUGCAUGUCAUGACGUCCUGGAGGGUUAUCAUUACCGGUACGAGAUUGACUCAGAUCCUCGGCUGGGGCACAUCCCAGCAGGUAACACGGGCAGCAGGGCAAAGGGGCAUUUGGGAUCAGCUCCAUCACAGCACCUGCCUAAUGACACUUGUAUUAUCCAGGUUCCUGCAGACACACAGAUUAAACAUGUGACAACCUCUCCACCACUUAGCACAUAAAACUAAAACGGUGAGUCAGAAAGAUGCACUACAGGUGUGACAGAAUAUGCAGAUACUGUAAAAUGUGAUUUUCCUGUAUAUACAAAGCAGUUAUUAUCCCACCUCAAGUGCCUUUUUAUUUAGGCACCAUUAUAGAGCAAUAGACGUAUAUGUAUACUGACCUUAAUAUUGUGUGUUUAUCAAAUAUUUUAUAGAAAUGAUUACACAGGCUAGAUUGAAAUAUAAAAUUAGCAUUUGCAUAUGUUUUUAUGUGUGGUGCUUUUUCGUGUAAGACUUUGAAUAUCAUGACAAAAUGCAGAGAACAUCUGGAAAGAGAACUAACUAGUUGAUAGCUCAAUGCCAUACAAAUGUAUAUGAAAAACUUUAGACAUCAGGCAAGCUAUGUAGUAAGACUUUAUACAAUUAUGUAUACUUUAGUAAAACAGAGGAAAAAUACUUAAAUGUAACUUCAUUGUGUUCAAAGUAUGAUCUGUUACAAUAUUCAGAAGAAUAAAUAUGAAAUGUAAUGCAUGCCAUGAAAGCUGCUUAA